AUGGACUUUGGGAUGCUAUGUAUGACCCUCCCAUCACCCUUCCACUGCCCUUUACUCCCCCACCCCCCAGGUCCCCAGGGGCCUGGGUCAUUCUGGACCUUGCUACUUCCUGCUGCUGGCAGCCACUGUUCAGAGACUAUGGAGCUGUGGAAGCAGCUGAGGGAGGCUGGACUGGUGCCUCCAGGGCUGGGUCCACCCCCCAGGGCCCUGAGGGAUGUCCCCCCAUCAGGGAGAGCUGACCAGACCCUCAUGUCCCCAGGGGCAGACCCUGAAGGUGCCAAGGAGACUCUGCUGUUGAUCUGGGAGGAACUGGACAGCCUUCGCCGAGUGGACGUCCAGCUGCUGGGCCAGCUGUGCAGCCUGGGGCUGGAGAUGGGGGAGCUGCGGGAGGAGCUGGUUGCCUUCCUGGAAGAGGAGGAGGAGGAGCCUGAGGGGAAGCAAGAGGAAGGACACCUGGGGGUCUCCUGCCCAGCCUCAGGCCACCGCCUCCCCGACUUUGAGAUGACUAUCUGA